AUGGUGCACACAGCGGUCACGGGGGGAGAUCUGAGAAGCGGUCGAGGUCGGAGCAGACGGCGAGGGGUCAGGGAGUAUAAAAACGGAGUGGUCGGGGCCUGGGUCGGCUUCAGGGACAAACUGAAGAGGAUCGUGGAAAGUAAAUACUUCAACCGGGGGAUCAUGAUCGCCAUCCUCGUCAAUACCCUCAGCAUGGGGAUAGAGUACCAUAAGCAGCCCGAGGAGUUGACUGAUGUUUUGGAGAUCAGUAACAUCGUGUUCACCAGCAUGUUCGUCCUGGAGAUGGGUUUCAUGCUGCUGGCUUUUGGCUUGUUCGGAUACAUCAAGAACCCAUACAAUAUAUUCGACAGCGUCAUCGUGAUCAUCAGUGUGUGGGAGAUAAUCGGUCAAGCAGACGGGGGGUUGUCCGUCCUGCGAACAUUUCGUCUGCUGCGGGUCCUGAAGCUGGUCCGCUUCCUGCCCGCCCUGAGGAGACAGCUGGUGGUGCUGAUGAAGACCAUGGACAACGUGGCCACCUUCUGCAUGCUGCUGAUGCUCUUCAUCUUCACUUUCAGUAUACUGGGCAUGCAUCUGUUCGGCUGUAAGUUCAGUCACGAGAUGGAGAACGGAGACACCGUCCCCGACCGCAAGAACUUUGACUCUCUGCUGUGGGCCAUCGUCACCGUGUUCCAGAACUGCACUUAUACUGACCUGAUGUAA